AUGAGUUGGAAUGCAGAUAACCUUGAAGAAGGUGAAGUUAAACCAGUUGAUUCAACUCCAGUUUGGGGUGGUGAAUAGAGUGCAGGUGGAUGGCAAGUGGAUGAAGUGAAAAAAACUUAAGACUCAAAAUAGGGUCACGAUGAAAUAAAGGAGAAUAAAGACAGCAAUGGUUAAAAUGGAACUGUAGCAGAAUCAGGAGGAUGGGGAGAACAAAAAUAACAGCAAUAAUCAUCUUGGGGAGAAACUAAAGCUGAUAAUAAUGAUAAUGCUUGGGGUUCAGGAACUACAGGAUUUGGAAGUACUUCAACUGCAGAUAAUGGAGGAUCAUCAUGGGGAGGUGGAUCAAAUUCCUGGGGAAGUGGAGGAAAUUCAGAUAAUUAAUUUUAAUCAGAUCGACCAAGAGGCAGAGGAAGAGGAGACAGAGGAGAUCGUGGAGGUGGUUUUAGAGGUAGAGGAGAUAGAGGAGACAGAGGCAGAGGUGAUGGAUUUAGAGGAAGAGGAGAUAGAGGAGAUCGAGGAGGAUUUAGAGGAAGAGGUGAUAGAGGUGACAGAGGCGGAGAUAGAGGUGAAAGAAGAGGAGGAUAUAGAGGAGGAAGAGAUAAUGGCGGAAGUUGGGGUGGAAAUUCAAAUAAUAAUAAUGGAGGAGGAGGUAAUACUUGGGGAAAUAAUGGAGAAAGUAAUACAUGGGGAAAUUCAGAAAACAAAGAUAAUUCUGGAGGUGGUUGGGGAAGUACCUCAACAAAUGAAUAACCUGCUUAAACUGGUGGAUGGGGAACUUCAACAGAACAACCAGCUCAAUCUGGAGGAUGGGGAAAUUCUACUCAAUAACCAGCUCAGUAAACAUCAGAAGGUUGGGGAAAUAAAACAGAUUAACAACCAUAAUAAGCAGAAUAAACUUCAGGUGGAUGGGGUUCUACAACAGAAUAACCAAAAUAAUCAACUGGUGGUUGGGGGUAAACAACUGAAUAACCAGUUUAAUAAUCUAACGGAUGGGGAAGUUCUACCUAAGAGUAGCCACCCUAAUAAUCAGGAGGAUGGGGAUCAUCAAAUACUGAAUAACCUCCAUAGUAAUCGGGAGGAUGGGGAUCAUCAACAACAUAAGNCACUUACUAAUUAAUUAAAUAUUCAUAUGAGUUGGAAUGCAGAUAACCUUGAAGAAGGUGAAGUUAAACCAGUUGAUUCAACUCCAGUUUGGGGUGGUGAAUAGAGUGCAGGUGGAUGGCAAGUGGAUGAAGUGAAAAAAACUUAAGACUCAAAAUAGGGUCACGAUGAAAUAAAGGAGAAUAAAGACAGCAAUGGUUAAAAUGGAACUGUAGCAGAAUCAGGAGGAUGGGGAGAACAAAAAUAACAGCAAUAAUCAUCUUGGGGAGAAACUAAAGCUGAUAAUAAUGAUAAUGCUUGGGGUUCAGGAACUACAGGAUUUGGAAGUACUUCAACUGCAGAUAAUGGAGGAUCAUCAUGGGGAGGUGGAUCAAAUUCCUGGGGAAGUGGAGGAAAUUCAGAUAAUUAAUUUUAAUCAGAUCGACCAAGAGGCAGAGGAAGAGGAGACAGAGGAGAUCGUGGAGGUGGUUUUAGAGGUAGAGGAGAUAGAGGAGACAGAGGCAGAGGUGAUGGAUUUAGAGGAAGAGGAGAUAGAGGAGAUCGAGGAGGAUUUAGAGGAAGAGGUGAUAGAGGUGACAGAGGCGGAGAUAGAGGUGAAAGAAGAGGAGGAUAUAGAGGAGGAAGAGAUAAUGGCGGAAGUUGGGGUGGAAAUUCAAAUAAUAAUAAUGGAGGAGGAGGUAAUACUUGGGGAAAUAAUGGAGAAAGUAAUACAUGGGGAAAUUCAGAAAACAAAGAUAAUUCUGGAGGUGGUUGGGGAAGUACCUCAACAAAUGAAUAACCUGCUUAAACUGGUGGAUGGGGAACUUCAACAGAACAACCAGCUCAAUCUGGAGGAUGGGGAAAUUCUACUCAAUAACCAGCUCAGUAAACAUCAGAAGGUUGGGGAAAUAAAACAGAUUAACAACCAUAAUAAGCAGAAUAAACUUCAGGUGGAUGGGGUUCUACAACAGAAUAACCAAAAUAAUCAACUGGUGGUUGGGGGUAAACAACUGAAUAACCAGUUUAAUAAUCUAACGGAUGGGGAAGUUCUACCUAAGAGUAGCCACCCUAAUAAUCAGGAGGAUGGGGAUCAUCAAAUACUGAAUAACCUCCAUAGUAAUCGGGAGGAUGGGGAUCAUCAACAACAUAAGAUUAACCUUAAUCAGGAGGAUGGGGAUCAUCAACAACAUAAGAUUAACCUUAAUCAGGAGGAUGGGGAUCUACAACCGAAUAAGCAACAACAUCAGGCGGUUGGGGAAGCAGUGAUUAACCAGCUUAAUCAAGUGGAGGCUGGGGAGGUUCAUCAGAUUAAUAAAAUGGAAAUUCUUGGGGAGGAUCUGGAGAUGGGUAAAGAGGUAGAGGAAGAGGAGAUAGAGGAGGAUUCAGAGGUAGAGGUGAUGGUUUUAGAGGAAGAGGAGAUCGAGGAGGAGGAGACGGAUUUAGAGGAAGAGGAGAUGGUUAUAGGGGAAGAGGAGAUCGAGGAGGAGGAGAAGGAUAUAGAGGAAGAGGAGAUAGAGGAGACAGAGGAGGAUUUAGAGGAAGAGGCGAUAGAGGAGAUAGAAGAGGUGGAUUCAGAGGAGGCAGAGAUAAUGAAAAUUCAGGUAAUGGUGGAAGCUGGGGAGGAUCAUCAAAUGAUUAAGGUGGUGGAGGAUGGGGAUCUUCAACAACUGAAUAAACUGCAACAAGUGGAGGUUGGGGAUCUACAGCAACUGAGCAACCUGCCUCAAGUGGAGGUUGGGGAUCUACAGCAACUGAGUAACCAGCCUAAAGUGGAGGAUGGGGAACUACAGCAACUGAAUAACCAGCUUAAAAUGGAGGUUGGGGAUCCUCUAAAACAACUGAAUAACCGGCCUCAAGUGGAGGUUAGGGACCUACAGCAACUGAAUAACCAGCCUAAAGUGGAGGAUGGGGAACUACAGCAACUGAAUAACCAGCAUAAAAUGGAGGUUGGGGAUCUUCUAAAACAAAUGAAUAACCGGCUUAAAAUGGAGGUUGGGGAUCUACUGCAACUGAAUAACCUGCAACAAGUGGUGGUUGGGGAACUACAGCAACUGAACAACCAGCUUAAAGUGGUGGUUGGGGUAGUACAGCAACUGAAUAACCAGCUUAAAGCGGAGGAUGGGGAAGUACAGCAACAGAAUAACCAGCUUAGAAUGGAGGUUGGGGAAGCUCUGACCCUCCAUAACAAAGUAAUGGUGGUUGGGGAAGCAGUAAUAACGAUUAACAGUAAUCUAAUGGAUGGGGUUCGAAUAAUCACUAAUCAAAUGGAAAUGGUGAAAGAGGAAGAGGUCGAGGUAGAGGACGAGGUCGAGGCGGAGAUAGAGGUGGAGAUAGAGGAGGAGAUAGAGGAUAGAAUAGAGGAUUUGAUAGAAAUAAUAAUAAUGAAAAUGGUGGUGGAGGAGAUUUCCCAACUUCAAAAAGAGUUAAACCUAACCCUGUAGUUAUUACAAUAUCAGAUGACGAAAAUGGUAAAGCAUCUCCUCAAUUCAGUGAGGAUGAAUAAGAGAAGGCAAAUAUAAUUAAUGAAGCUUUAAAAUAAGCAGUUGAUGCCAAACCAAUUACUUUGAAAUUACCAGAAUUAGAUGCUAAAUUUUCACCACUUUUUAAUCCUGAACCUGAUCCUGAUAGUUUAAAAACUGAUAAUUUAUGUCAUUUAAAGGGAGGUCUUUAUCCUCAUGAAUAAUAUAAAAAGGUGAAAUUUGUAUACACAGGAGGAAUUAAAGUAGACUCAGAUAGAUAGCCAGUUGUAAAUUUAGUUACUUUUGAUAAUGAUUUAGAAUUUAUUGAAUCUUGUCCUAAAGUGGAUUUAGCUGAAAAAUAAGGAAUUGAAACUGUGUUUUUGAGUCCGUUAAUAAAUGAAUAUAGAAUUCUUAAAAAUGAAUUAGUAUAAUUAAGAUAAGAAGAGAGAAGAACAUAAAUUAGGAGAUAAUAUAUGGGGGUAGUGGAAGGAAUAGAUAAAUAAAAUUAAGAUUUAAUAUGUUAAGUUGGAUUAGCAUUGCUGAAAGAAUAGAAAGCAAUAAAAUUGAAAUAUGGAUUCUUAUUUGCUGAAUUGACACUCUUUCAUGUUAAAUAAAUAUUUGGAAAUUUGGAUUAUGCAGAACAUCAAUCAUUAUAAGCAAAAGAAAAAGAGCUGCGACCAACUAAUGUAGUUUUUGUUGUUUCCAUAACUUAGAAAUGGUUAAAUGAUGUGCCAAAAUUGAAAUGUAGAAGAAGAAAAGAGUUGUUAUGA